AUCAGACUUGAAGGAAUAGGAAUAUCCGUAAUUAAUAAACGCAUGCAGGAAUUACUAUAUGCUUCAAUGCGUGCAUUGGAAUUUAAGUAUAACGACUCCACGCUUUAUAACUCUAUCCAUUUUGUGGUUAAGUGGUUGCAGUAUUUCUCGUUGUUACUCCAAGAAAUGACGUUUGAGAUUGAUGAGGACUUUCUAUUUGCGUUGCUCGAAUUUGCAAAAAUUCAAGGUCCCAGCACACAGGAAGAGAAUGAAAUGCCACUCAUAGAUGGCACUCCUGACAUUCCUGAGCCAAAGUCCUCAGAAGGAGACAGUCAACUUUAUUUCGAAGUCCUACAUAUCGAGGGGGUCGAACCUGAUCAAUACUUUCUUCAAACAUAUUCGUCGUGUUAC